CAACGUUUAAGGUCCAGCUCUGUAUUGUCCUGGUCCUGGCUUUGCUUUCGGAGGGGGCCUCGCCCUUCUGGGGAGGCAGCCGCGUGUACGUGCUCGGCGGCUGCGACGAGGACGGCACCGCGCUGGCCUCCGCGGAGAGCUACGACGUCGGAGCCGAGGCGUGGCGUCCGUUGGCCCCCAUGCGCAGGCCCCGCUGCAACUUCGCGGCCGCAGUGUCUGGAGGCUGCAUCAUCGUGGCGGGGGGCUACGACGACCGGAUGCGGGACCACGACACGGUGGAGAGCCUUGACCCGACCCGGCCGAGCGCCUGGGAGUCCAUCUCCGUCCUCGCGGUGCCCCGCUGGGGCGUGCGGGCGGUGGGCAGAGCAGGUGCCAUCUACGUCGUCGGCGGGCACACGCGAGACGGAGAGGUGGGCUCCGCGGGGCGACUAGAUCCCGCAACUGGCUCGUGGACAUCGCUCGCACCGCUGCGGGCACCUCGGCGGUCGUUUGGCCUGGCAGCGGUCCGUGGAUAGCGCCAGCGGAGGAAACGGAGCCCGCUCUCGCCCCAUCCGCGCUUCUGCCGAG